AUGAGUAACGACGGGUACCGAACGGUAGCCUACUUUGUAAAUUGGGCAAUCUAUGCCCGAAAGCACAGGCCUCAGGAUCUCCCUGUCGAGAAUCUGACCCAUGUUUUGUAUGCGUUUGCGAAUGUUCGGACCGAUACUGGCGAAGUGCACCUGACGGACACAUGGGCUGAUACAGAUAUCCAUUGGGAAGGUGAUUCGUGGAAUGAUACCGGCAAUAACAUCUAUGGCUGUCUCAAGCAACUGAACCUCCUGAAGAAGCGCAACCGCAAUCUCAAGGUUCUUCUCUCCAUCGGCGGUUGGACCUACAGUGCCAAUUUUAAGAACCCUGCCAGCACACCACAGGGUCGUGAGACGUUUGCCAAAUCCUGUGUCGAGCUUCUGAAGAACCUUGGCUUUGAUGGCAUUGACAUCGACUGGGAGUAUCCGCAAAAUCCAGAGGAAGCACGCAACUAUGUUGAGCUUCUCGCCGCCGUACGCCAAGAGCUUGAUGCCUACGCUGCAAAGUGCGUUGAUAACUACCACUUUGAGUUGACAGUGGCCUGCCCUGCAGGUCCCAAUAACUACGAAAAGCUUGAAAUUGCCGAGAUGGACAAGUACUUGGACUUUUGGAAUUUGAUGGCAUACGACUAUGCUGGUUCAUGGGACUCUGUCAGUGGACACCAGGCCAAUAUUUACCCUGGCAACAACGCUUCCACGCCAUUUUCUACCAAUGCGGCGGUCGAUUACUACACAAGUCAUGGCGUUGCCGCUAACAAGAUUGUGCUUGGCAUGCCUUUAUACGGGCGGGCUUUUGAAAACACUGACGGUCCUGGAAAGCCCUUUCAGGGCGUGGGAGAAGGUACUUGGGAAAACGGCGUCUUUGACUAUAAGAAAUUGCCUCUAGAGGGCUCGGAGGAGUUCUCAGAUGACCAAGCGCAAGCCAGUUACUGUUACAGCGCGGCCAACCGCAAGCUUGUGAGUUACGACACCGCACCCAUGGCCAAGGCGAAGGCAGAGUAUGCCAAACAGAGGGCGCUAGGCGGAGCCAUGUGGUGGGAGAGCAGCGGUGAUAAGUCAGGAUCAGACAGCUUGAUCUCAACGGUCGUGGAGACGUUUGGCGGCCCGGGUUGUCUUCAAAAGCUGGACAACUGCAUCACAUACCCCGAGACUAAAUACGAUAACCUUCGAGAUGGAUUCCCAAACAAUUAG